UAAAUAUUCAAAACAAAUCUGCUGGCUAGCAGUCCAAAGAUUGUUGUAUCAUUCCUGUAUUUUGUAAAUCAUGGUGUCGUAAUAAAAGCUGAGGAUUUUUUUCUAUCAUGAAUCUAAGAGGAUUGUUCCAGGAUUUUAAUCCCAGCAAAUUCCUUAUAUAUGCCUCGCUUUUGCUGUUCUCUAUCUUGCUGGCUCUGAGGCUGGAUGGAGUAAUCCAGUGGAGUUACUGGGCCGUGUUCACACCCAUCUGGCUCUGGAAGCUGAUGGUUGUCAUCGGAGCCUCCGCUGGGACCACAGUGUGGGCUAGUCACCCGCGCUACAGAGCGGAGGGUGAGACGCAUGUGGAAUUCAAAGCCAUGCUGAUUGCAGUGGCCAUUCACAUCCUGCUGCUGAUGUUUGAAGUACUGGUGUGUGACAGAAUCGAGAGGGGUUCCUACUUCUGGCUGUUCGUCUUCAUGCCCCUCUUCUUCGCUUCGCCUCUCUCCGUGGCAGCGUGUGUGUGGGGGUUCCGCCAUGACCGUUCACUGGAGUUGGAGAUAAUGUGCUCGGUCAACAUUCUGCAGUUUAUUUUCAUUGCCUUGCGACUGGACAGAAUCAUCAACUGGGAUUGGCUGGUGGUGUGUGUGCCACUGUGGAUCCUCAUGUCAUUCUUGUGUCUGGUUGUGCUUUACUAUAUAAUUUGGUCAAUGCUCUUCCUGCGCUCUGUGGACAUCAUCGCCGAGCAGCGCCGCACCUACGUCACCAUGGCUGUGAGCUGGAUAACCAUUGUGGUGCCACUCCUAAUCUUUGAGAUCUUGCUGGUUCAUAAACUGGAUGGACAUAACAAAUUGAGUUAUGUUUCUCUCUUUGUACCUUUAUGGGUCUCAUUGGUCACGCUCAUGGCCAGCACAUUUGGGCAGAAAGGCGGGAAUCACUGGUGGUUCGGCAUCCGCAAAGACUUCUGCCAUUUCAUUCUGGAGCUUUUUCCUCUCCUACGAGAGUAUGGCAACAUCUCCUAUAACUUGCAGCACGAUGACUCUGACACCUUGGAGGAGGCACGGGCUGUCCCUGAACCUUUGAAAGUCGCCCCCAUGUUCUUCCACAAAGGAGUAGAGAUAGUGCCAUUCCCUGGGAAGUACUUUGACCCUCCCCCUAAACUCUCUAUAGACAUACCUGACUGAAGGUAGCUGCAGGCUUUACAUGAACUGUACAGAUGUUCCAGGAGGAGCCCGGAAACCAAUACUUGCUUUUUUUUUUACUGUUAUAAUUCAGGUAUAUUUGAUGAUGUAUAUGUCGAGGACAAAGUAGGAAAUGAUAAAGAGCUGGUAUCAAUAUCAAAGUCAUCUGCCUGAAGAUGGAAAUUCAGCUGCAUAGUAUGGAACUGUAGAAUAGCUUAUAGUGAAUGAUAAUAUCUCCAUAAAGCACUUUCAUUUCAUUUUUGAAAAUAAAUUUCUCAGGCAAUUUUAAAAUGUAAAAGUGCUCAAUCCAGCUCACCGGUCUACAUUCAGCACAGGCCUGCUGAUUAAGAUCCUAAGGCUUGGGUUGUUUUAAUUGUAUCGUUUUUUUCAGUGGUAUUUCUGUAUUCAGCUUGUUAUUUUGUAAGGAGAAGUUGAUGAGGUUUUAGACACUGACUAACAUUUCUUUCAAAAUGACAAUAGAGUUAUUGUGGGGUCUAUUCCCUAACCUGGUGAGAAUGUGUUUAUAAAUUAUUAAAUCUGGCAGGAAGUACCUCUACACAAACUAUUUUUCAACACUGUAUCAUGACUUAAAAAUAGAAAGAAAAAUCAAACCCUGUAACUGACCAGAAGUGCAAGAUUGAGACUAUUCGAGCCUCAUGCUGACUAUUUUGACUGCUGUCUUUUGACCGGACCAUAUCUGAGUCUAAUCUGUCAUGUUUGCUAUGAGUAAAGGUUAAUGUAAGAAGCUAUGCAUGUGUAUUUUAACACUGUUGCAUGUAACUGUACAGUACACUGUUCCUGUAAUUCAUAUUCCUUUUGUUCAGAGUAAGAGAUUAUUUCUUUACAAUGCCUGACUUGUCUGUUUUUGAAAAUAAUUGUGCUCUAAUUACACUAGUAGUUUUUAAAAUUACAAUGCAUCUAAAGUGGUAACCUACCUCAAUUAACCAAUAAAUCACCAAAGGCCUCAUCCAGUCCAAGGGAGAUGAAAACACAACAGGCAACAAAUUAAAUACACUCAACAAAAAUAUAAAUGCAACACCUUUGUUU